AUGAUGCUUGCGCUGAAGGCCGCCUCGAUUUCUACAGUUUGCGAUCUGUUGGGGCUUCCGCCCGAGAUCCUCGUAGAGAUCUUCGGCUAUUUACUUCACACCGACCUAUGCCGCCUGCAGCAGGUGUGCUCGCCGCUGCGAACAGUGGCCACAGACGGCAAGCUGUGGAAGCAGCUGGUGCAGCAGGACUUUGGCCUCAUCACUGCGCAGAACACCGAAGAACCCACCAUCGACAUCUACAAGCGUGUUUACAGGUGGGGCUGGGACGAGGCGGGCAAGCACCACAACAUCCGGCUCAGCAACGACGGGCUCUCCGCCAAGUGUCAUCUCUCCACCUACUGCCCCAAGAAGAAGAAGAAGAAGAAGAAGAAGAAGAAGAAGAAGAAGAAGAAGAAGAAGAAGAAGAAGAAGAAGAAACUCAACCGUUUCUCGUGGGUCAAUCGGGGCAUGCACUACUUUGAGGUGCGCAUCGACGAGGAGCCCGCCGCCACCUAUCAGGCCUUUGGUGUCGCCAAUGACGGUAUCGACACCUCGCGGUCCUACCUGAGCGGUUGGACCGCCAAGGACCGCGGCAUUGGAUGGUACAACGACGGCAACGUCUACGUUCGCGGCUUGCUCCUUACGGAGAAGAAGUUCCCGCGCUGGCGCAAGGGCGACAGUCUGGGCAUCCUCAUCAACCUGGCGGCCGACCACCAGGGGUCUGCCCCCACCAAGGGCUCCUCCUCCAGCCCCUCCUUCCUGUACUUCUACAAGAACGGCGUACCGAUCGCGACCCGGUCGCGAAUCGAGGUCCUGCGGGACGACCCGGACAUGCGCAUGUACCCGUACUGCUUCCUGGGCCAGGGCGAGGCGGUCACCUUCGUCUACCACGGCAAGAAGGGCCUCGAUGCGGCCCUCAAGAAGAGCCAAGCCCUCUCUUGCACCACCACCACCAACCCCCCGCCUCCUUAG